AUGAUGUGACCAGUCACAUCACUUUUAUUCACCUUGAAUUACUUAUCGGUAGUAUUAUACCUAUUAUCUUCCUAGCCCAACAUUGAUCCCAGUAUAACGAGCUAACAUAUAGUGACAAGGCUUCAACCCAAGAAGUUUCUAAUAAGGCAGACAUAAAAAGGUUUGUAUAGCAGGUUGGAGCCGUAGGUAGCAAGCUCGUUGUAAUGGGAAUCUCAUUGUUCCGAGCACUGUUUGUAACGCGGGUCCCAGUCUACGUCAAGCUACUCGUGCCAAUUUGCAAUAACUCCACCUCCAAAUAACGAACUCGUCAAAAACACGACAUCCCCUCCGUUUACAGAAUCCCUCCUUUUCGCAUCACAACAAAAGUUAUAAGACGAAGUCAUAUCGAGGUUCUCAUUGGCAGUAUUCAUAUCAUCCUCACCAAUUAGCGAAAUGCCCAAACGCCUCGCGAUCACAAACGAACAGACUCAGAGGCAGCUGGACCCUUCAGCGACCAACGUAAGCCUCCAGAGCUGGUUUGAGGCCACAUAUAAUUGGCCACUCGCUACGGCAUCCGUAUCGGAAAUCCUUUCGUCACGGUACGCACAUCUCGAUGAUCUGCCUGCACAUCGUCGCGGCGCGAAACGCCAGCGAACAGAACACUGGCCGGAGCUCGAAACCGCCCUGUCAGGAUGGAUUCAAGAGGCCCGACAAUCGGGGACCUUCUCUGUCGCGGCGAUACGAGCCAAGGCUGUGCAGCUUUGGCCUUAUAUAUAUCCUGAGAAGGUUGGGAUGGUGCCUUCGUUCAGUUACGGAUGGCUUUAUCGGUUCCAGGCUCGGUGGGGUGUUAAAAGUCGGCCGCGCCGGGGAAAAGCGAGCGAUGCCAAUGCUAGGGGUGAUCCUGAUAGCAGGGCUCCGGAACAGGCUGCCAAUCAGGAACAGGGAGAAGAAGAAGCAGACGCAGGGGGAGAGGCCGGAACAGAUCCCGUUGCACCGGUAACGAUUACGGACGCUUUGGAUGGCUUGCUUAAACUUCAAACCUUCUAUCAACAGCGAAUCCAUACUGAUACUACCGCUCUACAGCUUCUCCGGCGCUUGGAGCAGUGCAUGGGGGCUGAAGAUCAACAAGCAAGCUAGUAGAAGCGGGCUGAACGGUUUUCCCGACGCGAGGAAGAUGAUAAAAGCAGAAUGUGCUUCUAUCAUGGACAGCAAGAAAACAGUCUUUCUAUCUCGUUCGCAUCUAUUCUGAUAUGCUGUAUAAUCUUGCACCAAUCAACACCGAACAAGAGCAGAUUUGUAUAGUAUCACAGAGUCACCGCGGCAAGCUACAGUCCAGCCUCUAGCCAUCAAGUUCGCUGGUCUGAUGAUCUAGCCAUCAUCUACCAUCACGCAACAAGGCAAGUUCCGCAAAAGAUCAAGCCUUCAAACGAGUAACAUCAUCUUCAGUGUC